CUCUCGUCUCUCAGUCCCAGGCUCGCACCGCGCAUCCUCCCCCGCACACGCUUUCUGCGACCCUCCCCUCUAUCGUUCCUCGCCGCUGCUCAACGCUCCGCAAAGAUGUCGACCCGCGUACCGCUGAUCUUCGGCACCAUGACUAUGGGCGAGCAAGGCAAGAAUGGCGUUCGCACAUCCGACCUAGGCGAGUGCCAGGAGAUUAUCGAUGUCCUCUUCAAGCACGGCCAUCGCGAACUCGACACUGCGCGGAUGUACGCCGAAGGGACGACGGAGCCCCUCCUGGCCAAGUUGAAGUUUCCGAGCGAUGCCACGGUAGACACCAAAGUGUACCCAUCUAAUCCCGGUGAUCACUCGCCCGAGAAGCUGCGCGCGAUAUUUCAGACAUCGCUCAAGCUCCUCUCGCCCCUCAAAUCUCGUGUGCUCUACUUGCACGCUCCAGACCGUAGCGUUCCCUUCGAAGAGACCCUCCAUGAGGUUAACGAGCUCUACAAACAGGGCCUAUUCCAGAUCUUUGGCCUGAGCAAUUAUGCCAGCUGGGAGGUCGCUGAGAUCGUCAACAUUUGCAAAGCCAAAGGCUACGUCCAGCCCAAGAUCUACCAAGCGAUGUACAACGCCGUCACCCGCGACAUGGAAGCCGAGCUCGUCCCCUGCUGCCGCAAGUUCGGCCUGCGCAUCGUCGUCUACAACCCUCUCGCUGGAGGCUUCUUCGCAGGCAAGGUAGCCACGCCCGACACGGACGCCCCGACGGGCGGGCGGUUCGACCCGAACAGCAAGAUGGGCGCGAUGUACCGCGCGCGAUACCUCAAGGGCGGGUACUUCGAGGCCCUCAACUACCUCAAGCCAAUCGCGGAGAAACACAACCUCCGCCUCACCGAGAUUGCGCUCCGCUGGUGCCAGCACCACUCCGUGCUGACGCCGACCGACGGUGUUAUUUUGGGCGCGAGCAGCGCCGCGCAGCUCGAGCAGAAUUGCGCGGACUCGGAGAAGGGCCCGCUGCCUGAGGAGAUCAUCAAGGCGCUCGACCAGGCGAGGCUGAUUGUCGGGGCGGAGGCGCCGCCGUACUGGCGGUGAAUGGGAGGCGGUGAAGCAAAUAUAGUCUGCGAGUAAGGAAGAAGAAACGGAGGAUGGACCUGUCCUAUAAGCUGACCGAUAUGCUGUAUUUGUAGUCGUCGAAGGUAACCUUCUGUAUCUUGCGACUUUAUGCACAAACGAAGGCAGUUCUUCGAUUUGAGUUGCUUCUUUCAAGUUAUAUAAACAGUCAACACUCAGAUUGG